AUGGCUGAGCUCAGUCCCGAGCUGUUCUCCGAGCAGGAGAUGACCUGUUCCAUCUGUUUGGACCUGUUCACCGAGCCCGUGUCCACGCCGUGCGGUCACAACUUCUGUCAGGGCUGCAUCGGGGGUUACUGGGCCUCCAGCGUGGAUUGCACGUGCCCGCUGUGUAAGCGACCCUUCGGUGAGCGGCCCGAGCUCUGCAUCAACCGGGUGUUCGCCCACAUCGCCCAGAAGUACAAGGAGAUACGCUACAGCAUGAUCCCGCCACCCAUCAAACCCAGGCAAAAGAUCCCCGCACCCCCCGACGCCACGUCCCUCAUCACCGCCGGUAAGCUGCAGGUCCUGUGUGACGUGUGCAGCGGCAGGAAAGAAGAGGCCGUCAGCUCGUGUCUGACCUGCAUAGCAUCCUACUGUGAGACCCACAUCCUCCCUCACCGCCAGAACCCGUUUUAUGCCACGCACCGGCUCCUGGACCCUCAGGAGGCCAUGAGGGGCCGAACCUGCCCGGAACACGGCCGCUUACUGGAGGUUUACUGCCGUACAGAACAGCGCUGCAUCUGCACCAUCUGCGUCCUGCAGGAUCACCGGACCCACACCACCGUGUCCAUACAGACCGAACGCGCCGCCAAACAGAAGAUCCUGGGUAAAACUGAACUGGACAUUCAGAAGUCCAUCGAGAGACGAACCCUCCACCUCACCGACCUCAAACAGAGACUGCAGUACCUGAGAAACUACGCUCAGACGGAGCUCUCGGCGGUGGAGCUGGUUCUCGCUGACAUCACCCAAUCGGUGGAGAGAAUCCGGAACGAGCUGGUGGGCGGGAUCGAGGAUAAACAAGAAUCCGUGAUUGGUCAAGGAGAGCAGCUCGUAUCACAGUUGGAGGGGGAGCUGAGCCAACUGCGGGAGCGCAGGGCUCGACUGGAGGUUCAGGCCACGUCAGACGACCACAUCGGGUUCCUGAAGUGCUUCGAUGAGCUGACCACGCCGUACCAGGACUCGGGGAACCAGGCUGAGGAUCCCGACCUGGAGCUGCACUUCUCUCUCGGGGAGGUGAAGAGCGCGUUAGGGGAGAUACGAGAACGACUGAACGACAUCCACAUGGGGGGGGUUCACUACCGCCACUCAGUCUCGGCGCUGCCAGAGUCGGAGAGCAUGAUAAGUGUCAGAUCCAUGAAAAAAAGAGAAUUUUCAUUCAGAGAUCUUCGGAAGCCGUCAAAAUCAACGAGUCACAAAAAGGUGAAAGUUUAUUUUGAGGACGUGGCGCUGAACCCGGUGACGGCGUACCCGUUUCUCAUCCUCUCGGUCGACAGGAAGCAGCUGAAGCGCGGUGAGAAGCUGCAGUUCUACAGGAACAACGUGCAGCGCUUCGACGUGUGGAGCUGCAUCACUGCUAAAGAGGGCUACGAAUCAGGACGCCACUACUGGGAGGUAAACGUGGGCGACAACAAGGACUGGAAGGUGGGCGUGGUCCGAGACUCCGCCCAGAGAAAGGGUUUGUUCGACAUGAGCCCCGAUAACGGUUACUACGUUCUGUGGUGGAGCACCAAUCACCUGCGAGCGCUGACAGCCCCGCCCCUGGGGAAGGUGAAGGUGACGGGGCGGCUCAGGCACCUGGGCGUGUACCUGGACUGCGAGGAGGGAACCGUCAUCUUCUACAACGCCAAAUCAGGCUCAGAGAUCUACAGCUUCUGUACGGACGGCGGCUUCAGCGAGAGGAUGUUCCCCCUGUUCGGUACCGCAGACAAAGAGGUUCCGCUGGUUCUGCCCAACGGAACCACGCACGGACCGGACUGAACCCGGACUCGACGAGGGUCUCUGUGCAGCGCCAUCGAUCAGCCAGCAACCUCAUAACUGCAGCAUU